UCUGAUUUCAGUUCUGUGAUUCCAGUCGGUGGGGUAAUAUCAAUGUGAAGCGAUUGUGUUAAAAUUAUUAAUUUCAAAUAAAAAAAACUUCAUAUAUUGACAUAAAAUAAGCUGUGAGGGUGCAAAAUAACAGUUUAAACAGUUGCAGUUUAAAAAAGUUUAUAUUGUAAUACAUAUUUAUAUAUUUCCGGGCAAUGCAGUCCCUGCUAUCCAGGAGGUAUUUAUAAUAAAUUUAAAAAUUGUGACUUGUAAUCAUCGAAAUGGGGAAAUUGUUGAGUCUGUUGGCCAGAGACGAUUCGAACUGUUGUUCGUCGCCCCGUUACGAUAUAUUUUUGGAUUUCGAGAACGCAAUGCCUACGGACACGGAGCGCGAUGUUUACGAAGAGGUGCAGAGAGUUCUGCUGGAUUCGAACAAGAUAUUGGAAGAAAUUCAGUGUUACAAAGGCGCGGGGAAGGAAAUAAGGGAGGCUAUCGCCGACCCGUCCACUAUAACCCAGGAGAGGGCUUGGCGCGCUGUGAAACCACUGGUAGAUAAGCUGCUCCGGUUCUACAACCACUCACUCGAACUUCAGCGGGUAGUUCCACGUCUGUUGGGGUCACUUGUUGGAGGGUCGAUGAGCCCUACACAGCAUCUGGAGCAGCAGCAGGCGUUAGUGAAACAGUUCGCCGAGAUACUCGAGUUCGUACUGAAGUUCGAUGAGCAUAAGAUGAAAACGCCAGCCAUCCAGAACGACUUCAGCUAUUACAGAAGGAUCGUCUCCCGCGGGGGCCUCAUCAAUGCGGACCUACCACCAGGCGAAGAGCCGCACAUAGGCGCGGAGUAUGCGAAUCGAAUGUCACUGUUCUAUGCACAAGCCACGCCGAUGCUCAAGGUUCUGUCAGAGGCGACCAGCCAGUUCGUGAACGACAACCAGCAGGACCUGGAGAACACGACGGAGACGCUCAGCACGAUGGCCAAAGUCUGCUUGAGGAUGUUAGAAAACCCGAAACUAGUCGCCCAAUUCAGCCGCGAAGAAACAUCGCUUCUGGUCCUCCGAGUGAUGGUGGGUCUGAUAAUUCUAUACGACUGGGUGCAUCCAUCCGGGGCUUUCUGCCGAUCCUCCUCCGUGGACGUCAAAGGCUGCGUAAAGUUCCUACAACAACAACCGCCUCCUAAAGCCGAGCCGUUGUUGAAUGCUCUCAGAUAUACAACAAAACAUUUGAACAGUCAGUCCACUCCGAAGAACAUAAGGGCUCUGUUGGCCGCGUGAGGGCACCACUCGAGCCUUGCAUGUUGCUGUGGGGAAUGAUGUGACAAUAAUACUCGUGGGGAUUUCUCGUUGGCAUUUUCUUUGCUCUGUUUCAUAUCUAGUUUUGUUGUAGCGUGAUCUUGAUGUUCGAUUUUUAAAAAUUUCGCACUAAAACUGAGCGUAUUGGCCAACUUGAGCUCAGUUUUGCAUUGGACGCCGGCGCGAGAGGUCGUGUUAUGUGUUCGUUUACGUUGAAGUUACAUUAUGAAAAUGCAUAUUACACCAUCACUGAUCAUCAUCACGAAACCUACUACCUCUUCUAACUUAUGGAAUAUUAACUGGGAUUUUAUUCACAUAAGAAACGGAAUUAUACUCCUAAACUCAGUAUACAGGUUAAAUAAGUAGAUAAUAAAGUAACCUACUUAUAAUAUCAAUUACCUAUUUGCUACAGAAAAACAUGUUAGGACUAUAAAACUAGUUUAGUUAAGUUUUAGUGUAAAACUGGGAAUAAAUGACUUGAAUAACAAGUAGAAAAGGUAGUCAAUAAAUCAUAGGGAAACUUCAAUAGUUUAAAUCCGGUUUUUUUUUAUUUUUUGAUUUGAGAUCAAGCUGCAACGAAAGAAUGUUAGUUAUAAAUAGUAGGUAGAUAUUGAAUGUUGUAGCUAAUGAUAAAAAUUAGUUUUUGUGUAACUCAUUCAAAUUGAUGAGAUUGUAGAAAAACUAGACUAGACCUAGACCAUGCGGAUGAGAGAAUCAGGGAGAUAUAUACCAUGCCCCGUCCCAGCACUUGCCAGCACAACUUCGAAUCUGCUCUGAAUACGAGACGUAUCAAAAAAGAAGUUAGGCAUCGAAUUCGUAAUAAAAAUUGAAAUGGCGCAAUUUUCUCAAGGAUUGUGUUUCCUCUAGUUGUUACUAGAUGGCGCAAAAGUACACUUUAAUUUAUAUGAAAUUUAAACUGCGCCAUCUAGGUUUCAAUUCCAUACAAUUCGGGCGAUAUUGACACUUUCUUUAAAAUCCGUUAGACUCUGCAAUGUAAAUUAUAUAAGUAUAAUGUAUAUUAAUAUUACACUAGUUAAUUGUGUUUGACUUAAAGACUACAAGCUAAAAUAUACAUUUUAGACAAGGUUAAUAUUUCAAUGCACCACAAGAAUAUUUUUGUUUACAUAGUCAAUUUGAAUGGGUUAUAUCACAUUUCAUAUAAAAGAUAUUCUACAAAUAAUUCUAUUCUAUACAUAUUGUACAUAAAUUACCUCAAAAUGACGCGCAUGAUUGCCGGCUUCUUUCAGUAACUUUUCAAAAUAUUAAUUGUGUACAUGUUUAUGGAUUUUUGUUAUUGUGAAAAGCAGAAAUUAUAUGUAAUUUUUUUACAAUGGUUUCUGAGGCAUUGAGCAUCAUGAACAUUAGUUUACACUGUAAAGUAAUAAAAUUAAAGCUUUGUUCAUACUAAAAAAAAUUUAUACUCACACUAUUUGAGAAUAAAAUUCAUGGAAUGAAUCAUUGAAUUAUUUUUAAUGGAAUAUCCAGUAAUAUUUUCAUUCAAAAGAACGAUGACGAUUAUUUUCUGUUUUUCACAAUGACAAAGGUUAUAAAAACUACAAAGUGAUACUUUAUAGAUAUAAUAUUAAUUAUGUGUGUUCGUGGUAAAUAGAGACAUUCAGAUAAAAAAAUACCGUAAAUUAGACAGCGAUGCUUAAAAAGCGAAUAUUCUGCAGUGAAAUUUAUUUUUGAGAAAUCUUUCCCUUACCCCCACACGUAUGCAAGGUGUAUGUAAGUAGCGUUAGGUGUGUAUGUACGAGUAUAUCGCUAACAAUAGGUACGUUACGGACGCUGAAACGUUUUUUAAAAUUCAAACGUUUAAAAUAGUUAAAAAAAAAAAAAAAAACAUACAUACAGCCGAACGUAGAACCUCCUCCUUUUUGGAAGUCGGUUAAAAAUUGAGUUUCUUCAAAAAACUUAUUUUGCUCACAGUCAUACAGUAUUUUUAACAGAAGUACAUGCCUACUAGAAUUUGUUUUUGUUUAAUAUGGUAAUCUGUUAUCGGCGUGUAUAUUGCUUAGCGAAUAAUGGCGUAACUAGCAAAUUAAUUACCUUCUACCUUUAGAUGUAGCAGAUCUGGGCGCCGUGAUCCGAGCACGUAAAAAAUGUUAAAUCCUUACAUGACUUGACAAAAUAAAAUUUAAUAUUUUUGGGUAAUUUUUGUAGUUACGCCACUAUGAAGUUGUUUAAUUCUCUUUUUCUCCUAAUUAAAACAUUGCUAAGGGGUCAUUACAACAGUAGUCUUAUUACGAUAAUUAUGUUUAAAUUGUGAUUAUAAUUAUGUUUAAAAUUACUAAACUUUAGAUCUAGGGUCUAUUAUUAAUGUUCAAAUUGUACUUUAAUAUUUUACAAAGUGUACUAAUAUCACUAGGCAAUAAAAAAAUUAAUAAAUGUUGCUUUCCCUAAGCAACGCAUUAGUAGACAUUGAGUUCUUGAAAAUGCUAUAAGUAACGUUUCAGUGUGUGUACGUAACAGAAUUUAUUCAAAGUCACUGUGUAAGUUAAUAUUAGUUUUUAAAUGUUAAAGUAAUAUGGAGAUAUUAUAUACUACUAUAUUUAUCGUGUAAGAAUGUAUUACCUAAAUAUUAAAAGAGUAACACAAAACUGCCUUGAAAUUUUAAUAGUGUCAAAAACAAAUUGUGCAAUAUAAAAAAACAUUUACAAAAUUUUAAACAUGAACUUGUAAACAUUCUAAAUUUAGAUGAGUUAAAGUAUUGUGUCCCACGUUAUACAGUAAAAUCUCCUUAUUCGCGGCCCCGGCGAUCGUGUAAAAUUGCAGAUAUUUAAUUUGCGUGAGAUUUUUAAUAAAUCUUUAAGGCAACUUUUAAAGUAGGACUUACAGAAAUAUGUAAUAUGAUAUCUACCCACUACGAUAAUUAUUUACUUUGCGCUAAAUUCCAUUCGGUUCUUGUAAAAGUCAUCAGGAUAAUUACCAGCGUAGAACUCAAAAUAAUGAAAAGAAAAACAAUCAAUAGAUUAUGUAUUCUAUGUUUAAUGUACACUGCUGAAAACACGAUUACGAAAACCGCGAUUAAGGAGCUUCUUCUGUAGGUACUAGUGCGAACCUCGGGCUAAACUGGCGAAUCGCGCUAACGUUACGUUACCACUUGCGUUUCGCUGUCAGCUAACGUCUUGUACCAUUCCGUAAUAUUUUAUUUUAUUGUUACAUAAAUUAAAAUAUUCGGCUUUUCUCUAAUUUAACAAAUAACAAAACAGAGACUGGAGGCCAUCCCUUUAACAUUUGGUAACAUUUUUAUAUACCUAGUUAUUUAAGUCAGCCGCGAUUGAGGCGAGAACAAAAUAUAUAAGUGACCCUACUUUAUGUAUAUUAUAUGACCCUGGAAAAAUGAAUGCUAGAUUUUUAAUUAAAUUCGAAAUAUAAAAAAUUAGCCAUUUUAGUGCAGUGCAAUGUAAUGACAGGUUAUAUUUAAUUAUAAGUAUGUAUUAUUUACAUAUAUAUAAAAAAGAAAUAUUCCGAAACACUAAACAUUUUUUGUAUACAAGUGAAGAUAUAAAAAAUUAAAAAAUAUUAUGUAUAUAGACUUUGUUUUAGAAACAUUUUUAGUACCGAAGCUUAUGUCGAUUCCGUUAACAUCAACAUCAAAUAGUUUUAGACGCUUGGAAAAUGAUUUUUUUAUUCAUUUUCCAUUCUUUAAUGUAAAACUUUAAAACUUGAGCAUUUAUUUGACCAGGGUUGAACUUAUUUGAUAAUGCCUUUAUGAAUGUUAAUAAAUUUAUGCAUGUACCACUGCCUUGAUGUUAUCUAUCAAAGUUAUUUUAAAAUGAAACUUUAUAUAUUAUAUGUUUAAUUAAUUAAUUAUAACUCUUAGUUAGGGAUAAGUGAAAGCAUAUACAGUUUACAAUUUAACUGGAAUUUUUAACAAUUGUUUACAAAAUAAAACUAUAAUAAGUAGGCAUAUUAUAGAUAAAUAAUAAUUUUUAAAAUGAAAUUUAUGUUAAAGUUUUUAAUAGCCGCUGUAUACGCUUAAACUUUACUAUGGUUUUUGUUUUUAGUGGUUUUCUUUUUGUUGUUGUAAUAGUAUGUACUGAUGCUCCUAUUUAAUAUUAUUACUAUUAAUCCAUACUGUCUCUAUGGGUGUCUUCGCCAGCAAGCAAGCAAGAAAAAAUAAGUGUUUUUUUUCGCAAUGAAUUUCCGUAUAGUUAUACCUGUUUGUAAUCCUUAAAAACAAUUAUAAUUCUUUUUGGUAAACAGGCAAGCGCUUUAUAUUUAACUCAUGCUUUAUAAAAAGGGCUGAUACGAUCUAAGUUGUGGCGUGCUUGCGUGGAAAUGUAGUAGUAGUUUGCUUGCUUGCUUUGAAGGCAUUGACUGGCAUACAAACAGAAGCUGAAAGGGCAUUCACAGAAUUCAGAUUAUCAAAUGAAAUACGUAGAAGUAAAACUCUAGGUGCGGGUCACCUGGAUGUCAUAACCACGUAGGGAUGCCAGCAUACAAGUAAUAACAUUAAAUAGGGCAUAAGUCUUUCACUUAGCAAAGUCUUCCACCGCUUGUGUAAAUCGUGUUGCACAAAACCUACUAUUACUGUACUCGUAGUUAGUAAAUAUCCCAUAUUUAACGGCAAGCCCUAUUGUAGAGUAAAUAUUAACUUUUGUACAGCUAAAAUACGAUAUAUGGCAUUUUUGUCGUCCAUUAUAUAGAGUCCUAACUCCAAGGCCCAUAAGAGCCAUGCUACUCUACCGAGAUGAGGUAAUGAGCCUAUGUUCAUACCAGGCCAUAUAAAGAAGCAAGGUGAAUAAGCUUUGACCCUAAAUCCCAAAACGAUGUUAAUCAAUCGUAGUAGUAAAAAGUUCACGGAAAAAUAAUCAUUGGGAAUACAAUAUACCACUAUCUGCUUAAUAUUAAUGAUUAUUUACAAGUAGUAUGUUUUUAUUAUUCUUUAUAUUACUAGAAAAAUAUAUAUUAAAAUUAGUUUAUCGGAAUUUCAUUAUGUAAUUAUACUUAUGCACGAACAUUAAAUUCUUAGUGUAGUUGUACCAAGUAUUAAAUAUUCAUGAAAAAAAAAAUAGAUAAUUAGUUACCUAUUUAUUGUAUUUCUUGCACGGUUAGCACAAUAUUGUUGUUUAUAUAUAAAUAUGUAGUUAUUAUUGAUUACGUACAGUUGUUGUCUUCAAGGUUUAUUAAAUUCGAAUUUAUGUAUCCUAUUUAAAACUACUAUUUACCAGGAAGUGAAAUAAAUACAUGUACACGUUUUUGUAACUGACAAUGUCCAAAUCAUAAUAAUCAAUGUUUGUGUUACAAAAUCUGUGUGGUGCGAGUUUGUAAUUAUUCCAUCGCAAAAAGUAAACUUGAAUUUGUAUAGAAAUGAAAUGGCGCAAUCUAAUCACGGACUGUUUUCUAUUGCUGUAACUAGAUGGCGUAAAAGUAGAUAUUAAAAUUAAAGUGAAAUUGCGCCAUCUACUUUUCAAUUCCGUAUAACAGGGUUCCCAACUUAGGGUUUUCCCCCCAGAUUUAGGGGGCAAAUAAGUGAAAUGGGAUUUUUUUAGGGGUAUUUCAGGGAUUUUUUAACUCUUUAAUAUUUUUAAAUUGAUGAUAAUUUUAAUAAUUCUUUCUUGACCUAGCGACUUAUAACGACAUAUAAUACGUUAUUCUACAAUCACUCUGAGGCAACUGGCGGCGAUUUUCAUCGAAUAAAAAAAAUUGUUAAAUUUAUUCAUUGUCUACAUGUAUGAUUUAAAAAAAUCUGAAUCUUCAGAUAAAGACGUAAUAUUUCGUCUGUAUUAAAUAUUGAUUUUUGAAACAUAUUACAGCAUAUUAUUUCUAAAUUAUUAUGAAUUAUAUUUUUUAGGGGGACAGCUCAAUAAUUAAGGCGUUUUUAGGGGUUUUUGACACGAACUUUAGGAAUAAAUUUUGGAGAGUUGGUAACUGCCGUAUAAAUUUAAGUUUAAUUUAACGCGAUCGAAUGUGUGCAAAAUUGUUUGCACACAUGUGACACACUGUUUGAAUUUGUUGAUAGAAAUACAAUUAAUAAAUGUAUAAAAAUAUGUAGGUAAAUACUAAAAUAUCUGUUUAUUUAUACAAGUUAUGAUAAAGUCAAUCACAUACGGUUAUGUAAAAUCAAUUCAAUAACCACAAUUUAUUGGAUUGAUACUUUUGCAUAAUAUUGAAAAAAAUUGAAAAUUACUAAUACUAUUUCUACUUAAUAAUAUAAUUUACUAUAGUUAUUUAUAGUAUAAUUGAAUUGCUUUUAAAAUAUUGUGAUAUGUUAAAAUUUUAAUUCCUUUAUUGAAAAAUUUAAUACACUAUAAUAUUAAGUAUAUUACGUAGCAAAAUAUUUUAUGUAUUAUAUUAUGUAACAUAUAUUGGUAGUCUAACUGUUGUUCUUAGUAUGAAAUGGUUUAUGGCACGGGAACAUAAAUAAAUAAUAUACUCAGAGGCACAAUUAUCCGCCUACUUUAAUAUGACGCGAGUAUAUUAAAGUGGGCGGAUAAUUGUGCCUCUGAGUAUAUUAUGCAAUACACAACGCCAAUGUGUUUAGCCAAAUCAAAUUCAUGUUGGUUAGCAAUUAUUAUUAAAUCUAAUUUAUUGUAAUAAUACUUUCUUUGACUUGACAAGAUUUUCGUGGCGUAAAGCAAUGCCUUUCAACUUGUUCCUGUGGUCCAGUCAAUUGAUUUUGAUGAUACUUGUUUCAAAAUGUGUAAAUUAAAACCUAUUUUCUUAGUUAUCAUUUAUUUAUUAUGUAAUAAACACACCAAAGUUAUAAUAAAAUAAAUAAACAAAUAGUCUCUCUAUAA